AUGAUACCGCUUAGUAAGGAGGAAGGCUCAUCCACAGUAACGAAAAAUUAUUACUCGUCAGUAGGGUUGUCAGACACCGAAGUACCAUUUAUGGGCGUCAGAAGGCUAUAUCCUACCGGUGCAUUCAGGCAAGUGGCCGGGCAAGGGGUGAAGGUUCCUGUGCGACCUGGAUUCGCCCCAGAUGCGUCGCUAGGCAACGGCCACGCGCCCCCGCCCGCGCAGUGCAAUGGCGGUGCGGUGAUGGCGGAUGGCGGCGCGGGCGCGGUGUGUGACGCGGGCGAGCCGGCGGGCGGCGCGGGCGACGCGCUCGCAGAAGCGGAGGCGGGGGCGGGAGAGUCUGCCGCAAGAGGCGCUGCUCUCGAGCGGGCGUAUGUCCAUGACGUGUACGAACAAGCCGGUGAUGAUGGGGACGAAGGCUCGAGAGCGCCCGCGCCAGGCGUGCGAGCUUUCUUGUCUGAACUCGAACCAGGCAGUCUCGUUUGUGAUGUCGGCUGCGGCAAUGGAAAGUACCUGAGCGUGAAUCCGUCCGUGUAUACAGUGGGGGGCGAUCGUUGCACGAGGCUCGCGGCGCAGGCCAGACAUCACAACAAUGAGGUGGUCGUUUGCGACAAUUUGUGCCUGCCCUUUCGAGAUGAGUCAUUCGAUGCGGUACUGUCUAUCGCGGUGGUGCACCACUUCGCGACAGUGGAGCGGCGCGCCAUGGCACUCCGAGAGCUGGCCCGAGUCACGAGGAUCGGUGGCCGGCUCCUCCUUACUGUGUGGGCCAUGGAACACGAGGGACGGAACUUUCAUUCACAAGAUGUAUUGAUCCCGUGGCAUCGACCUGCCACCUUGUGUCCGCCUACACCUGCGCCGAGAUUCCUGUCUGUGGACCACGACCAUAAUCCUGACCAUUGGAAAAGUCGUGACGGUUCCCCAGGAUCAUCAUCUUUAUCAUCACCGAACGAAACUUGCUACUCAUUCGUAAGAAGAGCUUUACAGCGGUUAGCAGGUAGAAGGUCAUUCCUCCCAUCAUGGAGCAUAGGAGCGAGAGUACCACAGCGACCUUGCAUACGACCUGAGCCAGCAGCGGCUGACCUUCCUAUAGAACUAAGACGCCUAGACGAAGCCCUCCCACCAAGAUUAAUAACGCAGACUUCAGACGCUUCAACGAUAAAAUCAAGAAGUUUAACUGAUAUUGCUGAUAUAGAAAGACGUACUCUUGUUCGCUCUCGAUCUAGCUUGCCUAGUCUAGGUGGCGAAGAAUCUGAGCCACCGACGUCAGAAACUCCUGCUCCUGAAGUUGUUGAACCAAGAAAGAAACCUCGACUUGUGAAGCAAAAGAAAUCAAUAAAUGAGGAUGAUGCCGAGGAGGAUCGUGACAAACCGACUGAUAUGAAAAGUCUAGUGGAAGAAAUGCCCAAUUUCAAAAUUCAUACACAUAACAGAUUACAGUCCAAAAAGCCUGGCGUUUUUAAACAAACGUCAUUUAACGAAGAAUUGAUGUCUGUUGAACGAUUAAGGGAAAAGGAACGAUUAAGAAAAAAUAUACAAAAACAAGCAUCACUCAACGAAGAAUAUCUUUAUCGUAGACCGGGAGCUCUAGAUUCUAUUCGUGAUUCAAUAUUUCUAACAUCGGCGACCACUGCCAAGAAGUUCCAAUCAUUAAAAAACGGCCUCACUAGUAAGUUCAAGACCUCUACAACGAAUAUAGACAAAGUAACUGUGUUCGUGAGAAUGCUCCAAGGCUGGAAAAGUCACGGACCGGCACCUGAAGUUCCUACGCCAAGUGAUAAUAAUACUGGCAGCGAAAAAAGUUAUCCUGAAAGACGACACUCAAAGGAAGAUGGAUCUGAUUCAUCAAAAGACAGCAGCCUUCAAAGUGAUACGAGUGUUGAUUCUGAAGACAGUUUUGCAUCUGUUAUAUAUGUUCCUAAAGCAGAUGGUUCUGGUGAUCCACUGUCACCUACACCUUUAUCUCCUGGCCCUACUUCACCAAGAUUAAAAGUAUCUUCUGUACCAACUUCGCCUAGAAUGAAAAGUUCACCUGGAUUACCGUCACCGAGAAUCAAACAAGCAUUUCCACUUAUUCGACCACCGUCGUCUCCUGGUGCCGUUCAAACUCCAGGCUCAGUGAAUAAAAUAUUAGUAGCUCAGUACAGUUUAAAAAAUUAUUCAACGACUACGUCUGUGGCUUCAGUAAAACCUCAGUCAAAAAGCCAACCUAAUUCUCCACCUAAAUCAGAAUCAGACGAAACUCUUACCAGGCCUGAGCCUCUACCAAUCAUAAACAACAAUGUUUCGAUUGAUGUUUUUGAAGAAGUAGAUCCAAUUCCACCUAUCAAAGAGGAGGAAGAGACUCCAACAGAAGUAACAAAAGAGUUAAUUGCAGAAAUAAAUAAAGAUAUAGAAGAAAUACACAAACUUACGGCGGAAACUAAUCAAUUAAAACCUCGUGUAUUGCAAGACGUUAAACCUUAUCCAAAAAUAACAUUACAGACUGUCGCUGAAUUACCGGAAAUACCGCUGUAUAAACCUAAAGAGCCCAUCAAGCCAUCUACGGUGGACACAUUAGAUUCCAGAACUGCGGAUAGAAAACGUAAAGAAAGGAUUCGACAAAUAAAAGAGCUGCUCAAUAAAGGUAUUCCAAGUGUAAAUAUAAGUAGAAGACCACCAUUUCCAAUUGUGCGGGGGACGAGGAAUACAGAACCAAUUGCUAAAAGCAAGCCUACUCUUAUGUCUCUAGAACUAUUCAAUCCCGCAACAGACGACAUGGACAGCGAUUCAAGUGGUGUAUCUUCGCCAGAUUCAGUAGACAGCGUCAUAAGCGUCGUUCCAGAAGAGCUGCGCAAAAUAGCUUUAGAGAAAGACUCAUCAAACUCUUCUAAUUCAGAAUCAAAAAAGGAAGAACUUAGUGCAGAUAAAAUUCCCUUGAUUUCUACGGGUCCAACAAGUCUUAUUGAAGCUGUAGCUGAAGUUGCACACUCUCUAGAUGAAACCUGUGAGACUGUCAUACAAAGCAGCCCGAGAUCAAAACGAAGACACCUUGAAAAAUUAGAAAGCGCAGAAGCCAUGGCUAUUGUGCAAGGUACGUCUAGUAGCAGUAGUAGCAGUAACUGGAGUCUCAAUAAACUAUCACCGGGAGAUUUAAGAAUAUUAGAAGACAGAUCCAGAUCCCAGUCUCACACUAGCUCCAGUGGAAGCUCCUCAAGCCUAGAGCGCCUUUCACCAGGAAGAAGGUCUAAGGAACGAUCACCAAAACUAGGCAGCACGAGCAACUCUACAUGGAGUCUAAAUAGGUUAUCCCCUAAUAGACCCGAAGGACGUUCCCUAGAUGAAAACCUAAGUAAAAGUCACAGGAGUCCUACCAGAUUACCGUAUGACUCAAUUUCAAUUUGUAGUACUGAUUCAGAAAAAUCUAUUUCAAAAUCAGAAAGCUUUAACAGAAUACAAAAUGAACCUCUUGUGACUUGCAAGUCAGACAUAAUACCUUCAGAAGAAGAGUGGCCUGAACAAGAUCGUAGUCAGCAUUUAACCGAAUUUGCAGAAAAGUUAAGUGAAAAAUUACUACAAGAAAUAGAUCAGUAUUCAAAGAGAAUCAACGAAGAUGACUUUGACUUACCAAGUAGUAGCAGUAGUGAAAGAGUAUAUCUCCUGCGAUUUAAAACGGGAGGAAGAGUGAUAGAAACACCCAGAAAAUUUUAG